ACUGACGGUGGCGGCGCCCUACCUGCAUGGUGGUGAACUGGAUGAGAUACUGAGGAAACUGAAAUGCUAGCUGAAAGCGAUGGCUUUAACAAGACAGAAGUUGAAACAUGUGCUCAGCUGUUCAUGAGGCUAGCUUCCAAACCAUCCCUGGAGUCUCUGGAUCUACACUUGUUUCCUUCUCAUUUCCCUAAGCCAGGGGAAGUUGUAGAGAUACAUGGAGCCAGUGCAACCGGCAAGACUGAACUCCUUAUGCACUUCAUUUCUAAGUGUAUACUUCCAAAGCGUUGGAAUACAUUAUUAAUUAAUGGCAUAGAAGCAGAAGUUGUUUUAAUUGAUACAGACUUUAAAUUCUCAGUGAUCAGGCUAUACCAGAUAUUGAAGGAACAACUGAUGAAAAUUAUUGAUGUAGACUCCAACGAUAUAUGUACUAGCUCAUGGGCGGCUCAAACAGAAACAUUAUCUAGUAAAACACAUUCAAAAGAACCUAGCAAGAAAGAUCAACAGACCAUAAAAAAUGAAAAAGUAUUAGAAGAACUUGUUCAAUCUUGUUUAGACCGGUUAUAUCUAGUAAGAUGCAGUAGUUCUGAACAACUGCUAAUUACUCUGCAUUCAAUGGAAAAUGUAUUUUCCAAGCAUCCUCAAAUGACUGUACUGAUGUUAGAUAGUGUGUCAUCUUUCUAUUGGGAAGAUCGUGUUAAAACUGGUGAUAAUUGGAAAAGCUUUGAAGCAUUACAAGACAACAUUAUUGAUUUACUACAAAAGUUAGUCCAGGAUUAUCGUCUGGUUGUUUUCUUGACUAAAAACUCAACAUCACAACAUUUUAAAAGUGGUAAAUUUUCUCACAACCCCAACACUGACCAUGGACAAAUUGAAGCCUUUGAUUGUAAAUAUUGGAGUAAAUUAUCAGCUCAUCGAUUGAUUCUCACAAGAGAUGAUUUUCCAUUUCCUGUAGUAGUCAAAGGAAAUGAAAUGUAUGCAUCCUAUUUUGUGAAGGUUUUUAAUAAGAAGGAACACCACCAUUGCAAGUUUUAUAUAAAUUCAAAUGGUAUAUUAUAUGCAUAAUGUAUGUACAUACGGUUUUUAAAAAAAAUAAAUAUGGAUAUUUGUGUGACCUGUGAUUCAAUUGUAAAUCCUGGGCUAAUAGAUACCGGGGAAGGCUAUAGAAAAGCUCAAUUCAAGUCUAACAUUGCAUUUCAAGCAGUUGUCAUCAUAAUGACGACAAUUCUAAAAUUAAUUUAUAGAUUUAUUUGCAAAUACAGCUAUGAUAAUUCAUUUCUAGGUCAUUUUAUUAUGAGAAGCAAUAAAAAAACAACAUACAAAUUCCCACAACAAUAA